UCUGCUCUAUAAUUCCGUUUUCACUUUACUGAGUCUUAAACCCACUGCCGCACUUCUUUUAAAGAACCCAAUCUUUGUUCUUGCCACAAAGAAGUAGCAGCAGCGGCAAUGGCAGAGGCUCCAGACUUAUUUGUUGUUGAUCAUCCUGUACCGGGUACACCCGGUAUCCGGGAAGUGAGGACUGAAAUGGGAUCCGAUAUUGUUGGGUCGGGAGGCAGUAAUCCAGGUUCCGGGAUUAGGAGGGUAAGCAUGAGAGCUGAGAUUGAUACCUCGCCGCCAUUCGGCUCCGUCAAAGAAGCUGUGACCCGAUUUGGUGGUAGCGGGUCUUGGAUGCCCUACAAGCAGGACAUAGAGCAAAUAGACAUAAAGAAAGUGGAGGAGCAAGCAGCAGAGUUAGAGAAAGAUCUCAUUGUCAAAGAACUUGAAACCCUCGAUGUUCUUGAAGAGCUUGGAACUACAAAAAAGAUUGUGGAAGAGUUCAAGCGUCAACUGCAAAACGAAGCAUUGAUCAGAUGCAUGGCCAGUCCUAAUUACGCUCCCAUUUCCAGUCCUAAUUAUGGAAACAACCCUUCAUCUUCUCCUGAUUUGAUUCUAAUGGAUCUCAAGCAAGCCAAAUUGAACCUCGGUAAAACUAUAACCGAUCUUGGUGUGAUCCAAACUUCUGUUGAAUCUUUGAAUAACAAAAUGAAGAAGGAGAAAUUGUUGCUUGAGAAAACCUGUCAGAGUCUUACUUCCAAGUUUGCAGGGGCAGAGUCUUUCGACGAAGCCAAUGUCGGCGUAAAAACAGCUCAAUUGAGGCUGAUCGCUGCCCGGAAGAUGGAGGAAGCGGCCAAGGCAGCAGAAGCAGUUGCUAUUGCAGAAAUCAAUGCUUUAUCGGGCAACGACUAUGGCAAGUUUUCUGGGUUUGUCCUGCCAGAGCCAAAAACAGAGCAACCCAAGAACAGAGUCUUACAUACUAGGCCACAGAGAAGUGACAGUAAUAUGACUAAAGUUGCCAUUCUAAAGAAGAUGAAGGAAGCAACAGAAGAAGUAAACAACAGCAAACAAGCCCUUCAAGAUGCUCUACAGAAAGUAGAAACUUCAAACCGAAAACAAUUCGCGGCGGAAGAGGCUCUGCGAAAUUGGAUUCCUCAGCAUGAUUAUGACACAAGGUUCAGCAAUUUCAACCCACCAAACUACCAUCAGGACUUGUACAGUGAGCCUGUCAAUUAUGUCAUCGAUUCUUCAGAGAAUCAUGUUAAUGAUGAUUCGAAGCCGGUUUUGAGAACAACGGUGUCAAUGCGGGAUGUGCUGAGGAAGAAGCAAGUACUUGCUGAAGAAUAUGUACAAGAAGGAGCUCCUCCUGAGAGACAGAGAGUAGCUUUGAGUCAAAUGCUUCAGGAACUGAAAGAAGAUCUCACAUUUCACCCAAAACCAGAGAAAGAUAUUGGAGUUGAUGUUAAUACAAAGCAAUUCUUUGGACAAAGGAGAAAGUUUGGGUUCAUCCACAUUUCUCUUCCAGUAUUGGCAAAACAGAGUAGAAAGAAAAUGCAUGAUUGAAGGGAAAGAUUUAAGGUUGGUUGAUUGAUUGAUAGUUUGCAGAAUAAUUGGUGUUCUUUGAUUUAUGCUUGAUUUAUUAUGCUGUUUUCAUGUGUAUUCGAUAUUGUUUUAUCAUUCAUUUGUUUGUUUAAGAAUUGUACAAUUAUCUAUUGUACUUUUUCUCUGCCUUGCAUUGCAGUAAUGGAAUUUGUUUUUUCUGUUGUUCCA